ACUUCCAAAACCCGCCAAAUAGCUUCUCUGGAAAACCCGCCAACCUCCCAACUACUUCUUCACCAAAAAUCUCUCUCUCUCUCUCUCAGCAUUUUAUACUUGCAUUUUAGUAGCUUUCAGAAUAUAUCGAAAUCCAUAGCUCCAACAAAACUCCAUCACCAGCAUCAACCAUGGCAAUUCGAGGCUGAGGAUGUUUUUGUGAAACAAACCGUUGGAGCUUUCAGAGAUGCAGCAACAAAAAAUGGAGCAACCCGAAGAGGAGUUGAAGAAUGUGGAGGAGCAAUUGCAAGCAGUGGAGGUAGAAAGAGAUCGAGCUGUCGAUGAGCAUCAAGAGACGAAAAAAGUGGCAGAAGAGGCCAACAUGAGGCUUAGUGAAGAAUUGGCAACGCAGAAUGAUGUCGGGAUGCUCUCAGAAUUAAGUUUCACGAAGGAGCUGCUGUCGAAUGCAAGGCAAGAACUGAAGAGUACAGCGGAGAAUAUUGAGUCUUUGAAACUUGAGUUGGGAAAGGCCAAAGGUGUGGAGCUCAAGUUGACUGAGAAUGUAAAAACCUUUGAAGCUCAAGCGAAGACUUUAUUGUCUCAAAACGAAGAAAGGAUUCGGGAAUUGGAGAUCAAAGCGGACAAUGCAAAAACCUCGGAUGCUCAUGCAAAGGCCUUAUUGUCGGAAAGUAAAAAAAGAAUUCGCGAAUUGGAGAUGAAACUGGCAGAGAAUAUGAAGUCCACUGAGGCAGAGGCUCACACAAAGGCUUUAUUAUUCACAAAGGAAAAAAGAAUUCGGGAUUUGGAGCUCAAACUGGCAGAAAAAGCGGAAAUCUCCGAGCCUCACAUGAAGGCUUUGUUGCUCAAAAGUGAGGAAAGAAUUCGGGAAUUGGAGUUCGAACUGGCAGAGUAUAUGAAGUCCACUAACGUAGGGGCAGACACAAAGGCUUUACCGUCCGAAAGUGAAAAGAAGGUUGGGGAACUUGAGGUCAAAAUGGCAGAGAAUGCAGAAACCUCCGAGGCUCAAACGAAGACUUUAUUGCUCAAAAGUGACGAAAAAAUUCAGGAAUUGGAGCUCAAACUGGCAGAGAAUGUGGAAACCUCUGAGGCUCAUACAAAAGCUUUAUUGUCAGAACGUGAAGGAAAAAUUCGAGACUUGGAGCUUAAACUAGCAGAGAAUGUUAGCACCUCCGAGGCUCGCGCAAAGUCUUUAUUGUCUGAAAGUGAAGGAAGGAUUCAGGAAUUGAAGCUCAAACUGGCAGAGAAGGUGGAAUCCUCUGAGGCUGAAACGAAGGCUUUAUUGUCUGAAAGUGACAAGAGAAUUCGAGAACUGGAAAUGGAAAUAGAGAAAAGGAAGCAAUCAGAAGCAAGAAUUCUUGAUUCAUUGAUCACCCAAACCAACCAACUUGAACAGACCAAGGUUUUACUUGAAGAGGCAAAGUUUGAGAGUGCCUCUUUUCGCAAGAAAUUGGAGAACGAAGAUGAAUCCGCCGAAAGUAGUCAAGAUAGUAGUGCAUCUCAUGAUCAUGAUCAACCCGAAAGUAAUAUUUCCAUGAAGGAGGAAUUAGAGAGUCUCAAGUCUGAGCUUCAAUUGACAAAGGAGAAUCUGGUUGAUGUCCAAAAAAAGGAGCAACUUGCUACGUCGAUGGUUGAGAAAUUACUUGAGGAGAUUAAAGUACUUAAACAUGAACUGAAGUUGGCAACCGAAGCUGAAGAAAAUGGAGGAAGGGCGAUGGAUGAUCUGGCUUUCGCAUUGAAAGAAGUUGCGACAGAAGCCAACCAGUUGAAAGAUAAACUUUGCGUGAGCCAAGCAGAGUUAGAGCACUCAAGAGCACAAGAAGAGCGUCUGAAUGCAAUCUUAAAGAGCAACGAGGAAAGUUACAAAACGCUACUGGAUGAAGCAAGGAGAGAAGCCGAAAGACACAAAAACGUUGCUGCCAGGUUGAAAAUAGAACAUGAAGAGUCGGUUUUGGCAUGGAGCGGGAAAGAAACCGGCUUUGUUAAUUGUAUUAGAGGAGCCGAGGAGGAUCGACAUGCUGCACAACAAGAGAACUUUAGAUUGCACGAGUUGCUUCUAGAGACGGAUAAUAGAGCCAUGUUAUCAAAGGAAGAAAAUAGCAAGUUGCGCGAUAUACUUAAGCAGGCCUUAAAUGAAGCAAAUGUUGCAAAAGAAGCUACCGCCAUUGCUCAAGCCGAAAAUUCUCAACUCAAAGAUACCCUGGCUGGAAAAGAGGAGGCCUUGAAUUUCCUUACUCGAGAGAACGAAAAUUACAGGGUAAAUGAAAUAGCAGCUCAUGAAAAUAUUAAGGAGUUAAAACGGUUGCUUAUUGAAUCGUCAAAGAAUGAGGAAAAAGAGAAAAUACCAACAAAGGAGAAUGAUUGCAAGAAAGAGGAGAAGGAGAAAACGUCGUCAAAGGAGAAAGACUGCAAGAAAGAGGAGAAAGAGAAAACGCCAUCAAAAGAAAAGGAUUCGAAGAAGGAGGCUAAAGAGAAAACACAAUCAAAGGAAUUGAAGAAGGAGGUUAAGGAGAAAAAACCGCCAAAGGAUGUGAAAAAGGAGGAUACAGGUAAAGAGAAACCGCCAUUAUCAGGGGACGCAAAGAAGGAAGAUAAAGAGAAAACAUCGUCAAAGGAUGACAAGGACACUGCAACAUCUCAAAACGGAAGCAUAUUUGGCAAAGUUUUCAGUUUCAACCUUAAGGAGCUCAAAGUUUCAAACACGCAUGAAGAAGUUGUUGAUCAUGACGAUGAUGAGAUUGAACUAGACGAGGCUCUGAAAGACUCGAUAUUUGAGGUAGACUCUCCAGGGUCAGCUGAUCACCGAAGAAAUUCUUCUUCUACGUUCACAGACGAUGGAGAUGGGUUCCAAUCGGAUGAUUAUGAUCAUCUAGAUGGAACUCCAGGUGAGAAUUCAAGGAAAAAGAAAGCAUUGCUACGAAGAUUCGGAGAUCUUAUAAAGAGAAGCACUACUUAUAGUACCAAAAAGGAACCAUCGCCGGAUCCGAAAAAGGAACCAUCGCCGGAUACCAAAGAAGAAACAUCACCAACCAAAAAGGAGCCUUCACCAGAAUAGUCAAGCUGUAUUUUUGCAUUGUUCUUCUUGUUUUCAGUUAGAUUUUCUGUACAUAUUCAUCUACUUUGUAUGAUUUGUACGUACUUCGUUGUAGUUAUAACGUACGUGUUUAGUUUUUGUUCACACUAAAUAUACAACAUAAUUUUCUCUUUCUCA